AUUGUCUCCUUCCGUCCUCCGAAGCAGCAACACAGAUCACUUUCGCCAGUGGCAAUUUCGAUAUUUCAAGCCUUUAUCAUGGGCCAUUGACAUAUGAAAGCGCAAAACGGCAAAAGCGAUGAGAAGGAAAGAGAGGCGACUGAUGCGAGAAACAGAGGGAAAGACCGCUGACUGCUCACUCUCUGCUUCUGUCAUUCCCAUUUCGUAUUUCUGCUCCUGAAACCAACCGAAAGUCCGAAGGCGGACGAAACCAAGAUCAACAGACGAUUUGGAGCUCCUUCUCAACUUCAGGUCGCGAAAAUGUACCUAAAAUUUCAAAUAAGUAUCUCCAUGCGGUGGUCAAAAUUGUGUCGUCUCUGGAAUUGCCUCUUCUUCCCUUAGGCAGAAAAAUCUCCUCGAACGAAGAGAUUUGGAGAUUCUUGGAGGUCUGAUGAGAAUACUGCAACCUGCGAAUCGGCCUUCGAUCUUCUAGUUCCGGAUCUCCUUUUGCCUCCUAAAGUCGAAUUUCAAAGAGUGUUUUCAUUUAACCGAGCCUGGAAGAAUUUUCCUGUUCAUUGUUCAGAGAACUUCUGUUGGAUGAGGCCAGGUUCUUGGCUGUUUGAGAUGAAGUGUUGAUACCGAACUAGAAUAUGAGCAUGGAAAAAACUGCCAAUGUGGUAUUGGAUAUUGAAAGUCUGGCACAAUCGACAGAUAAGGGCUCAGGGAGCCCAAAAAUGAUGAGAGCACUCUCUAGGAAAGGUUCUUAUCGGAUGGAGAGAAGGUCUUGUGCUGAGGAGGAAGAACUAGAUGAAACAUCAAAAAAGCUUCUUGUGAAAGUGAAUUCACAGUUGGAGUCAUUAAAGCAACCAUUAGUCACCAACAAAGCUAUGGCUCCAGUUACAAUGACCCUUAGUGGCUCCAGUCUCAUUGACACUAGUGAUGGACGGUGUAAGCGAUUCAAUCAUCUUACUGCCAUCAACCCAAGGAAGGUACUUCUCAUCUUUGCAACAGUGUCGAGCAUGGGGACGCUCAUACUCAUAUAUUUCACCCUGGCAAUUAAUAGAACAGGUUGAACUUGGGUGGGUGGUUGAACAUCAAUUUAUUACACCAGAAGGUGACGGACCAGAACAGUAUUCUUGUUUUUCAGAUCUUCACCUUUGAAAGGGAAUUUUGAUUAGUGCCCGUUGUAGUGAAAGCCAACGAGACAUGCGGAUCUAUAAAAUAUCAGCGGGAACUGGAGUACAGAGAGCAUUGACAUGCCCAACCAACUGUUUUUGUACUUCACGAUGGAAGCUUGACUCUCCUUUUCCAUCCUAACAUUUGGGAGAUCAUUUUCCUGGUACAGAUUUAGGUCUAGAUAUUGCGUUGAGAUUAAAUACUUUUUUACUGUUCUAUGGUCCUUUUCUCUGCGCAUUCAUUUGGCUUGGUUUCACAUUUACAUCUUGGGUGUAUAAUCCAGUGCUACAGGACGUUUUAGGGUACAUUUUGUAGAGUUUUUACAAGGAUCAAUUAUCCCACUGGCACAAAUUGUUCUUUGCUCUUCA